CCGCACGUGGGCCUACUGCAUAGCAUCUGCAGUAGAAAAAGACGCUCGCGCGAGUUGUGCUGUCAAGUGUCAAGGCAAUAAAAGAACGUCGUAUAGUUACUCUUAGUCAAUAUCUUUGAUAUCCAAACCUCAUAAGAUCGGGAUUGAAGAACUGUUUGUUGUUGUGAAGGUUUCGAGAUAAGGGCAACAAGAUUCGUCGAGAAGGUUUGUCGAAACGACUAUUUUUUUGGCAAGCCAGUGCAAGAGCUACGGAUAAGCUUGAUCAGCGAAUUUUCAGUGCAAGUUAUCGUGUGUACGACGAAUUACCAAAGCAUCAGUGAAACCGUUUGCACGCGCAAAGGACGCUUCUUUUUCGAAUCGGCUGCGUAUAUAGCUAGUUAUAAGAAGCAGAGAGUUCCUGCAAGUGGAUUUUUUUAAGUCUGAUCUUCGUCGUUUUUACGACUAAAACGGUCCGGGGUGAAAGAUAGUUUUGGACCGGAUGAAAGACACGUGCGGGUUUCGGGGCCCUUCGAGGAUCCAAUAAGCACUGCGAGGUCUGCUUACCAUCAGUGCGAGAAUACGCGACAACGAUGCGGGAUACCUUUGUCAAUUGUUGUUGUGGUAUUCGUUUGUAAGCAAACUUUUACGAGGUUUGCAGGAUUUUUAUUUUAUAUGCUGGAACGAGUGCAGCGGUGCGAUGUAUAAUUAUAAAGAUUUUUUCAUAUAAUAUAAUUUUACACAAUUAUUUAUUGCAAAUUAUAACCGAUGUAUUAAUCAAUGAUGUGAUUAAUAAAUUUUGAUUAUUCGUCUCAUUACAGGUUAUGCUGCGAAUACCUACAUAAUCACGAAUUGACUAUAAAUUGGACUUACGAAAAUUUUGUUCCAGGUUUGAUUGGAGGCUGGCAAAUGGUUUAUAAUAUUGACCUAUGGAAAUACAAUUUUACCGUGACGAAAUGGCUAUCUAGUUUGGGAAUCCGUAAAAAAUACGCAAUUCUGCGUGUCUCGCCAUCAUAAAAAUUUCAAUUUCAUCAGUGUUCAAAUGUUCAAAGAGGAACUCGAUAUCAGCGACUGUGAGACCAGCUAUAUUGAUGUAUGCGAUGAUGAUAAAAUAGUACUUGCCCCUACUAGGAAAUCGUCUGUCAUUGACGAGGCAUCGUCCGAUUCAGACGAUGAUUCGGUUAUCAACGUAUGCGAUUCUGAUGCAGAGCUUUCCCGCAGCGAGAGUGAAGUUAAUAUAAAUAAAUCAUCAGUAAAUGCGACAUCGACUACAAAUUCACGUAUUGAUACUUCUAUGGUACGAUCCACAGAUACGACGACAAAGUCCAUGCAUUCUGAUAAUAAAGAAAAUUUGCUGCUUGAAGCCAACAGUAAAACGAGAAAGAAGAGGCGAAGAGAAUUUUCAACGAAAAACCUGUAUGCAUAUUAUUGUGAAACGUGCGACAAAUUCAUCAAGAAAAUCAAUGGAAGAAAGAUAACUAACUGCAGCAUUUGCAGAGACGUUUUAGUUUAUCGCUGCUUGAACUGCCAAAAUGAAUACAGAAGUUAUGGUGGGGUGUAUAUGCACUUGAAAGAAAACAAUUGCUUUGGCGUAAAAAACGAAGUCACAGAAAACUUUUCUAAUACUGCAAAUUCGUCGUCAAAAUUCAGCAGUUGUUCAAAACAAAUAGAACCUAGCACAUCCAAGUCGAUUGAUAACGAGCGACUCUGUCCAAAAUGCGGAGAAACUGUCGUCAAUGGAUGUGGGCCUUGCGACGGCGAGCAUCUCUUCCAGUGCUUCGUCUGUGUCUUCAGAAGCUGUCACAAGAGCACAUUGAUGCACCACAUCGAUACUGUGCACAGCGACUCAAAGCUGAUCCCGCAGUCACAGAUGACUCUAGUAGGAAAAGUCCUUCUGCACUGUAACGUCUGCGAUCACACGGUAUCAGACUGCGAAGUGAAGUACAAUCGGAGGCUCAACUGCAAGCUCUGUAACUCUCCAAUGCACUACGUCUGCUUGAUCUGCAAGAAACAAUACGUCAGCGCCAAUUCGGUGUACAAACAUCUGUACUUCGAGUGCAACGUCCAGCCGAAGUUCCAAUGCCACAAGUGUGACUACAGAGCGAAACAGAAGGGCAACCUUCUGACCCACAUCGAGAGGAAGCACACCGCCAAAAGGUGUCGAGGUUGCGGCAAGAUGUUCGACAACUACAUCAGCUGCAGGAAACAUCAGAUGAAGAAGUGUAAAGUCACCUACAAGUGCCGAUACUGCAAGUACACCUGCAAGUUCAUUACUCAGUUGAAGAAUCACGUGAGACUUGAGCACAAGUCGAGGUACAAGUGCAGAAAUUGUGGAAAGAAGUACAAAAAUCUGUCUGCCUUGCAGGUGCACGUGAACGAUACCUGCGGUCAGGUGACAACUUUCGAGUGCGAUAUUUGCGGUUAUUAUACGCUGCAGAAAGGACGCUUAGCUCAGCACAUAAAACAAGUUCACAAUUUUUAGUACGUUUUAGGAUGUGAUCGCAUUAAUUUUUUAGUUUUUACGCCAAUUUU